GGCUAGUUGAAGCCCUUCUUCUACCAAAAUAAAACGAAGAAUCCCUGAUUCCUUGUACCACCGCCGGCAAAUCUUCUCCGCCGUAUACUCCACUUCUUUUUCCGGUUGCCCCUUCACAACAACAACAAUUGAUCUCUCCAUUCUAUAGGCUACGAGCCGAUCCAUCGUAAGCAAUCAACACGCCUCGCUAAUAAUCAAGGCAACGCAGCAAAUACCACAAAAGUCGGCACCUUUGCAAGGAGAUGGCUGUGGCGGCUUACGGGCAGCUGAAUCUGGACGAGGUUCCGGUUUGGGGGUCUCGGAGCGUGGAUUGCUUCGAAAAGCUUGAACAGAUUGGAGAAGGCACUUACGGGCAAGUAUUCAUGGCCAGAGAGAAAAGAACUGGAGAAAUUGUUGCUUUAAAGAAGAUCCGUAUGGACAAUGAAAAAGAAGGGUUUCCAAUAACUGCCAUUCGGGAAAUCAAAAUUCUCAAAAAAUUGCAGCAUGAAAAUGUAAUCAAGCUGAAAGAGAUUGUGACAUCUCAAGGUCCUGAGGGAGACGAGCCAGUGAAACCAGAUGCCAAUAAGUACAAGGGAAACAUUUAUAUGGUUUUUGAGUACAUGGACCAUGACUUGACUGGCCUCGCCGAUCGUCCUGGACUGAGAUUCACAAUUCCACAAAUUAAAUGUUACAUGAAGCAACUACUUACUGGUCUUCAUUACUGUCAUGUCAACCAAGUACUUCAUAGGGAUAUCAAAGGUUCCAAUCUUCUCAUAGACAACGAAGGAAAUCUGAAGCUUGCUGAUUUUGGGCUGGCAAGAUCAUUUUCGGGUGAUCAGAAUGCCAAUCUCACAAAUCGUGUCAUUACGCUGUGGUACAGACCACCAGAGCUGUUGCUUGGAGCCACGAAAUAUGGCCCAGCUGUUGACAUGUGGUCUGUUGGUUGUAUUUUUGCUGAGCUUUUAUAUGGAAAACCAAUCUUACCUGGGAAAAAUGAGCCCGAGCAGCUGAAUAAAAUAUAUGAGCUCUGUGGGACCCCUGAUGAAAUCAAUUGGCCUGGGGUAACAAAGAUUCCCUGGUACAACAAAUUCAAGCCAUCACGGCCUAUGAAAAGACGAGUCAGAGAAACAUUUAGAACUUUUGAUCGCCAUGCCUUGGAUCUUCUGGAUAAAAUGAUGACCCUUGAUCCGUCACAGAGAAUUUCUGCAAAGGAUGCAUUGGAUGCUGAAUAUUUUUGGACUGACCCUUUACCUUGUGACCCAAAAAGUCUGCCAACAUACGAAGCAUCGCAUGAAUUCCAGACGAAGAAGAAAAGACAACAACAGAGACAAAACGAAGAGAUGGCAAAAAGGCAAAAGCUGCAGCACCCACAACCGCACUCCCGUCUCCCUCCCAUCCAACCUGGACAAGCCCAUCCUCCGCAUUGGGCUGGGCCCAAUAAUCCCAUGAACAAUGCGGGCCAACCUGCAAUCUCGGCCGGGCCCAGUAACCAUCAAUAUGGAAAAUCUCGUGGUCCCCCCGGAGGACAGAACAGAUAUCCUCCAAACAACCCCAGCAGUGGAUACUAUCAAGACCGUGGUGGGAAUUACAGUGGCGGCCCUUAUCCCUCUCAGGGACGGGCUCCUCCUUACCCUGCUAGCGGUGGUGUGGCCAACAGUGGUGGGCCCCGCGGGGCAAGUGGCAGCAGCGGCGGGUAUGGGGGAGUUCCUCCUAAUUACCCCCAAAGUGGUCAGUAUGGCGGUUCUAAUGCUGGCAGGGGCUCCAAUCAAAUGGGAGGUAACCGGAACCAGCAACAUCAGUAUGGAUGGCACCAGUAAUGGCUAAGGCAGUGUUUGCUUGAUCAGAAACUCAUAAACGGUAAUUUAAAAUAUUGAAUACUGCAGAUUAACUACUAAUUGUUUUUCAAUUUUAAGCUGUGGGCAGAUAUGGAUGGAUGUGGACUUUUUGUGGCCAAUGGUUAACUUUUCUGAGGCUGUGUAUUGAAUUAUAAGGCUAUGUUUGGAACCCGGAAAAUGGCAAGAAAAUUGCCUCUAAGUUUGUUUGGUUUUAAAUCAAAUCAGACUAGGAUAAUAGGAUUGCACACCUCUGCUUUCACACACACACACACAAUUUUUUGUAAUAUAAAUAUAUUUAAGUACAAUAAGUUGGAAUGACUAUUUUUAUUGUAUAUAUUUUGGAUCUUUUUGUAAUUUCAACCAUAAUUUCCUUGCAAAUUUUCUCCUUUCCCCCUUUUCUUAGCAUUUUUUUGGAUUCCAAACAUAUCCAGAGAGAUACUGCUACAAGAAAUCAUGGGUUCCACU